AUGUCUCUUAAUUCUCCGAUUUCUAUGAAAAUUCAAGCCGCAUGGGAUGCAGAAAAAAGUUCUCCUAGUGUUGUCCCCAGAGUCUGCAACCUUAAUCUUUUGCAAAUCAUCCUUGACAGGCCAAUAGAGACUGGAAGUUCUAACAAUAGCUUGUAUGUUGCAGUUCGUAUGCGUGAUUCCGUUCGACGUGUCCUACGAUCGCCCGAGCUUUAUCUUAUUCCACCCACCGCGCCGCUGCCUGCGUUUAAUCUUCCUUCUCUAACACUUAAUGUUAGCUCUUCAUUUAAGGCAACAUACACAAAUGCCUCUGACAGCAUCGGUUUAUCCGGUUUCCCGAGUAGUAACACAACUUCGUUUAUUACGCAUGGUCAAAUUGGUGCUGGCGGCUCUGUUUUUGUUGAUUUCAAAUGUGAAAUACAAUACUCACACACUCUGAAGCGUGAUGGAAAUAUUUUACAAAUACUCUUGCAACGUCGUAAGAAGAGCAAAACAGUUAAUUUAGGAUACAAAACUUUGGCUUACUGUAACAUUGAUCUUGCACAGGUCAGUUGA